CUUUUUUUUCUUGGUUAAAUCCAAGAUUAAAACUUCCAAAUCGUCAACAUUUGUCAGGUUCUACUCUUACUCAUGCAGUAAAUGAAAUUGAGCAAUCACAUCGAAUUAAACUUAAUCAAACAUAUGAACAAGCUGGUGUAAUGCUAGUUUUUGAUAGCUGGAAAAAUGUUUUAAAACAAGAAUUACUUGGAACUAUGCUUGUUUUACCUUCUAGUGAACCAAUUGUUUGGAAAGUAUUAGAAAUUAGUGGAGAACGUAAUCAUGCAGUAGAUAUUCUACUAAAAAUUAAAGAAUUAAUAGAUGAUUUACAUAACGAAAAUAUUAAGUUAGCAGCAAUUAUAAGUGAUAGUGCAGCUUCCUAUGCUUCAGCGUGA